UGUUCACAUUCACAUGGGCUCCUUCACUCGAAGGGCAAUUCCACUGGAUUUUUAGUAUUUUUCCCACAAAUCUCCCUCAAAUGUGAUCCCAAUUGUAAAAGUCAGUUACCAUCACCAAAGUGCAUGUAACAUGGUCCAACAACUGGGUAGUGACACCAUGGAGAGAGAUUUCAAUGAUAACAACGCCUCGGAAAGUCUUUCUGCGCAGAAAACGCGGAGAGGAAAGUGCAAAUGGUUUAAUGUUACCAAAGGAUGGGGCUUCAUAACACCAGACGACGGAGGACCGGAUAUUUUUGUUCAUCAGAGCGUCAUCCAAAUGUCUGGUUUUCGGUCACUGGGCGAUGCAGAGGAAGUGGAGUUUGAGUGCAAAAUGAGCGAAAAGGGCCUCGAAGCGACCCGGGUAACAGGGCCAUCAUUUGAGGACUGCCAAGGGAGCAACUUCCGGCCUACCACAAAGCGCCGGUACCGGAAAAUGCGCUGCUACAAUUGCGGCGAAUUCGCGAAUCACAUCGCAGCCAAGUGCCAACUUGGGCCGCAGCCAAAGAGAUGCCAUCACUGCAAGAGUGAGGAUCACCUAAUAGCCGAUUGUCCAGACAAAUCCACCACAGCCUCCAAGAAGUCCUCAUCCUCUUGAUAUCCUAGUUCAGCAUGCUGCCUUUGCUCUUUGAGUGUGUCUUUGCUCACACAUGGGUUUCUGUCUCGGCAAGGGUGGCGCGGGAAAACAAUAUUUGUACUAAAAGCGUGUGUGCUAAAAAUGUGUGCGAAAUUCCUCCAAAUUUUCCACUUCCCUCGAGGAUUUUCCUUAAUUUUAAAUCUCUUUUAUAAAUUCCCAUUUUUCUUAAUUUAUUAAACAAAGAAAGAGAAAGAAAAAGUUAAACUUAAUUUAUUUGCUUCCUAAACAAUUAUUUCUCUUUUUCUUUUAAGAGUAUUUGGUGGUGAGAUUCUUAUUAAUUUCACCUCUUGGGGUCGCAACAAAAGUUCGUGCUCUAAAAUUAU